CUGCAGCAGGGCCGCGCGCCCGACGAGCGGUGGUACAAGCUCCACUCCAAGGCUGGGAAGAAGGAGAAAGAGCGUGGUGAGAUCCUGGUGAGCAUCCAGUUCACACGUAACAACCUCACAGCCAGCAUGUUCGACCUGUCCAUGAAGGACAAGCCACGGUCGCCCUUCGGCAAGCUGAAGGACAAGGUGAAAGGCAAGAAGAAAUAUGACUUGGAGUCAGCCUCUGCUAUCAUCCCCAGCAGCAUGGGCGCCCUCGACAUGGAGGAUGACUACGACAUCGGAGGCAAGAAGUCCAAAGUCAAGGGCUUCUUCUUGAAGAACAAGCUGCGCAAGUCGUCCCUGACGCAGUCCAACACCUCCCUGGGAUCUGACAGUACCAUCUCUUCUGCCAGCCUGAGCUUGGCCGCAAAUGUUCCUGAGGUAACCAAAUCCCCGAGCAGACACAGCAGUCUGUCCACGGAGCGCUCUGUGAAAGACUACUUGCCAUCUCCAAAGCUGACCCACAAGAGAGCAUUCAGUGACGAUGUCUCCCAAGUCAGCCCGGUCCUGGAGCCCAAAGCAAUCCACAGCCUGAAGCCAAAGAACGAUCCCGUGUCCCGCUCUUCCCUCUGCAUCAACGGGAGCCACGUUUACAGCGACGAGCCUGCACCAAAGAGCCCCGUGUCUGUUCCGCAGAGCUCUGCGCCGCUAGCGGUGCCCAGUGUCCCCAGACGGUCGGAGGAGGGCUUUGUCUUCGUCUCCCUCCCUCCCGACUCCCACGAGGUGCCUUGGGGGGUCAGCACCUUUGAGAGGACGCAGCAAAGAGACGAGCCGAGGUUCAUCCCGUCUCCUCCCAGCUUAGCCUUGCAGGAAGAGCUCAAGGUCUCCACGAAAGCCGUCACUCUCAGUAACCAUCUGGGCAGAGCCAAGAUGGAAGAAAACAGUCGCUUAGAGAACAAGCCGACUCAAGCUGCAAUACCCAUGGUCUUCUCCACGGAGACGACGAAGGACAAACCACCUGAGGAAAUGAGGAAGGAAGACAAGAGAGCGAAGGGCGGCCUCUUCCACCACGGGGGCAACAAGAGUGACGCGGGGAGCAAAGGCCAGGGGGAGAAAGUGGGACCCUCCCACGGCUCAUCCGUCCACGCGACAGCAGGGGGAGAUGAGAGGAAUAAAACCAGUAGCUGGUUCGGUUCAAAGGAGCCCAAAGAGUCCCCUCAGAAACCCAGUUUCCCGUCUGGGCCGCAUGCAUCAACAGAGGUCGCUGGGAACUUUUAUUCCUCUGAGGAUUGCAGUCCCUCUGCCUCCCUAAGACAUAAAGACCCGGAGGGAGAAUCUCCAGCCAAAAGCGUUUGUGUCCCUGUUCCAGAAACUACUCCCCCAUCACAAGGAGACCUUCCUCCUCCAGAUGAGAAACCCGCUGUCCCUCCUCCUCCUCUCUCAGAGUGGGACGAUACCUUCGAUGCUUUUGCAACAAGCAGGCUCAAACCAGAACUGAAGAAGGAAAAUUUCUUCGCUUCGGUGGUGGCGGAGGGCAUGGCUUUCAUCGACGAUCCCGAUGCAGCCAGCCCAACGGAAAGAUCGGCCGAGCCGCCUCAUGAGAAAGGGACAAAAGUCUUUGAAAAGGCUGAUUCGCAAAUCGGUGGUGAAAUGCCCACAGCUCUACGGUCUUGGACAAAUUUCUCUGGUUUAGACGUGGGGGCGAACUUGGUGAGCACAACCCAGGAAGCGACCGUGAUAGAGGAUGUGCUGAGCCCCGUGUCUGCGGGGUCGAUGGGAAGGAGGAGGAAGAGCAGCACACCCACGGUUUGGACAGCCACCUUUGCAGCGGGAAAUCCUGGAGAAAAAGAGGCUUCAACACCACUAACUGCUGAGAAGAGUGCUAGGGAGGAAGGGGACAGCAAUGAGGAGGAACCCUCUAGUGCAGGGACAAACGGAUGGAUGACCAUAGCCACUGAAACCGCUCCUGACCUGUCGGAGAGCACCCAGAGCGUGGCUGAGCGUGGGGCUCAGGAGAGCGCUUUCAGCCCGCGACCAGCCUUCCUCGGCAAAGGCGCCUUCGAGGCAAAAAAUGGAUCUCACGCUGCCGCUUGUGUGUUGCCCAGAAGCACCUUCAGCCCUGAGCUCGCCUCCGAAACCCUGGCAGGCAGCAACGUGGCAGCUGUGCCCCCGCGGGUGCUCGCAGAUGUGGCCUCACGACGGUUCCCCGUGGCCCCCGAGCCAGGGACCGAGCCCCAGGGUGCUGGUGGCGAGGAGGAAAUGUUCGACAUACGGACUUCGGUCUACCGGCUCCAGGCGAGCAUGCGGCUCGAGGCCAGUGAAAGCCGCCUCAAACUCAGCUCAGACAUUCGUGAGAGGCACGUUGUCCUCUCUCCGUGGACAGGAACCCGAGAGAGGGAGGAGAUGGCAGCUGGCUCGGCUGCGCCGCCCCCCAAACCUCCGAGGUGGUUUGCAGCCGCGGGCAGCGGAGGGGAUGGCAAGGAGGAGGAGGAGGGUUCUUGCGACGUGCAGCGAGGCAGCCAGGGGCCUUGGGAGGACGCAGAGGGCCCAACGGCAGAUGUGGAGCUGCCGAGGAGCCGCCUGAGCAGCGAGCCCUCCAUCCCGGCCUCUCCCAGCCCGCCCACACUGGGAGGAGACGUAGCUGAAGCCGGGAGCGAGUUCCUGGUCUCCGAAGAUGCCGAAUCUGCUGCUGCAGACUCAGCAGCUAAUUUGGAGGCGGGAGGUCGCGAGCUGGCAGGAGGGGACAUCUCUCUGGGGGAAGGACCGUCAGAGAUGAAUGAGACGGAUGCGGCUGAGCAGUUUGAGACUUGCCCAUUGAAGUUCUCCCUGGAUGGUUUAGGCCAGUCGGGUGCAAAGGAGAGCUGGAGCCAGCCAGGUUUAUCUCCUCCGAUGGCCGAGCGGGAGGUGGCCUCCGAACAGGAGCCGUUCCCUGAGGAGCUCAGUACAUCGCGACUAAACCCGCCUUCCAAGCUAGACCCGGGCCAGUUGGAAAUCUUCUGGACGGCUCUGGAAGAGCCGGAGGCAGCCAGUCACCCCACGGGCCUUGGCCCGGCGGUGCGACCCCAAAGGUUAGCGCGUGGCGAGAGACCACCCCAGCCAGAGCCAGCGUGGGGCGAUGGCGAGGGGCAGCAUGGGCCAGUGGCCGGCCCCGCCGGGCAAGCGGGAGGCCAGCUUGAGCCUUGCACCCCCGUGGAAGUGGCCAGCCCUCCCCGGGAGGCAGAGCAGGGCAGCCCCCCUGCCAGCGAGCCCGAGGGGCCAUGGCGCUGGUGCUCGGCAGAGAGCAGGAUAGACUUCAAGAAAGCCGAUUUCUGGAAGCCAGCUAGGGCGGAGGAGAGGUGCGAGCAGGACGCUUCGGCCCCGAGAAAUCCCUUUGCUGCAGCGCUCAGCCCCAGUGCCCUGAGCAACCCCUUUGUGGAGAAGCCACCAGACCCCCUCCUCCCCGUUGGAGCCGUGCUGCCCGAAGGGCUUAGUCAGGGAGGCUUCAGCUUCACCCACCUCCGCGAGGAAGCCCUUGGGCAAGGCUUCUCGCCCACUAACCCCCCCGGGGACCCGCUAGGCCAAGCUCCUUUCCUGCAUGACAGCCAGCCCUUGGCCUUCUCCACCCCUUUCCUCGUGGCUGCAACUAACCCUAAACAGUUUGAUUUCCCUUCCCCUGUUGCGUGCCCCACGAGCAGCGGGGUCCCUGCCGCGACCAGCCGCGCAGCCGCCCAGCCCUGCCCUUUGCCGCAGUCCGGUGACACACAAGCUUCAGCGCUCGUGGUUUUGCCCAGGGAGACACAGCCAGCUGAGAAGCCCUUUUUCCAGCAGACAACCAGAUCCUGCCCUGCGCUCCUGCAGCGCUGCCACCGGGGCACAGCCGGUGCUCGGAGCAUCCGCCGCAACGCUGGGGUGUACGGAGGCUCCCCGUUCCUCUCUCUGGGCUGGGGCAGGAUGGUCACCGCUGGGAAGGAUCCUGCCGUACUGGACCAGUCUGCCAAGUAUUAUCACUUGACCCAUGAUGAACUCAUCCAGCUCCUGCUGCAGAGGGAGAAGGAGCUGAGCAAGAAGGAGGAACACAUCCAGGAACUGGAGAACUACAUCGACCAGCUGCUGGUGCGCAUCAUGGAACAGUCUCCCACGCUCCUCCAGAUCCCGCUGGGGGAAAACACCACCAAGUAACCUCUCCCCAGAGACCAGCAUCACUUGCUUACAGCACUUCUCCAGUAAACACACUGCAAACGUCCCUGCACUCCCCCCUCCUCUUACAAGAGGGCUCCAGUGGCUUCUGUUCGCAGAGUUUAGCGGGAAAGGUUUUCUGCUCCUUCCCAGCCCAAGCUUAUCCCCGCUCUGGCUCCAGGGAGCUCCAGGGUGCUGGGCUGUCGUGCACCCCGUGGGGAGGAGCAGAGCCCUUCGCGGGAGGCAGAUGCCUCCUUUGGUUCCUGCUGUUGUGACCAAGUGGCAUCUUCUCAGGCACUCAUCCUGCCAGCGCUUUAAGUGGUCCAUGGACAUUUGAGAGCUGGAAACCAACAACCUCACCUGUGUCUUCAUCCUGCUCCUGCUGCUCUUCUGCCUGCGCUCUGCCCUGUCUCUUUUCUCUGCUGGCUGGUGUUAAACUGGUGACAUCGGGGAUGCUCAAACUCAGCAGCGGAGCCUGCUCAGAGGGCCGCAGGGGAAGGGGCUGCUCUUGGAUGCCCCCCCCCCAUUUUGCACCCCCAAAUGAAGGGUCUCCAUCUGAAAAGCCAGCUUUGAGCUGUGCCAGGACCCGAGCACGCAGGAGAUGCUACACAAAGCGACAGUCGGGGGCCUCAAGCCUGACUGCGAGCGGUGUCGCUGCCUUCGCUGCGUGCUCGGGGAGUCACAGUCCUGCCUCGGUGACCCUCCGAGAACUGAACUGCCCAGACAGGAGAAGGGCCAGUGGUGGUUUGGGCACCAUCAAUCCUGCAGCAGAUCUUCUCACACACCUCCCAACCCGUCACCAGCCUGGCUGGCACCAGCGUGCGCCGGGGGGGGACACAGUCCCCUAAUGUAUAAACCACAGGAAUCGCUUUCCGCUGGCUGCCCCCCACCAUUGACUUUGCGUUGCCUUUCUCCACCCAACCAGAAAACGCCGUCGGGACCGAAGCUGGUGCGCAGAGAAGGAAGUCUGACCCCUGGCCACCUCUCCACAUGACAUCCCGCCAGCUCAGGCGCCCCUCAGACCCUCCUUGCCCAGUUCAAUAACGGCCGCAGACCCCCUUCGCGCCAGCGUUAGUGCCAAACCCCGUGUGAAUUGUAUCACACCUACGUGCCAGCGUCGGGUCUCUGGUGGCCUGGGCCUGCUCUGAGGUGUUGUGGGCCACCCGCUCUCGGGAGCUGGGUGCUUCUUGCUGUUGAGUGACCAUCCAUAGGGCUCUGAUUUCCACAGUUUAACAACCGUAGGUGAUGUUAGCCUGAGGCUGGCAGCACAGCUUUUGAUUUGGGAUGCUGGGGAAGGGUGUAGAAAGAGCGUUGCUCCCUCUCUUGUUCCGCCAGGAUUUUGGCUAGAGAAGGUGCCCGUGCAGGUGGAGGGUCCUUGGGGUGGGACUUGAGCUGUCAGGCAUCUUCUCUCCCCUGUAGAUCUUCCAUAGUUACUAGAUUCUUUUAAAGCCUUCAUAUUCUUUUCUCUUUACUUGCUUCUAUACCAUGACUUCAAAAAACUGUGCCUUUUACAAUAGGGCAAUAGCAGAUUCCCAGCAAAACAGGCUCUGAGAUCCCAACUCUCAGUUCAACGCAACCUGUUUGGGCCACUUUCUCUCGUGUUUGCCUGCUGCUCCAAACCAAGGGCGUUUAAUUUUAAAUGCAGAUGGUGGAGCCUUCCUGCCCCUGCGUGCAGGUUGUUGUUGGCCUUUGGCAGGAGCUGUGCAUGGGCAGCUCGCGUGCUGUGGGAGGUAGAGCUUGAGAGAUGACACCGAGGGAAGAGCGGGCCAAACAUUCCGAGACAAAACAGAGCUGGCUAAAGUCACUAUUGGGUGGUGCUGGAGGUCUGAGGUUGGAGGGCUGUCAGGGUAAGAGCUGCCGGGAGAAAUGGAGAUUGGUGGUGCUGUCAGUGAGGAUGUCUAAUCAUACCUGGCCUGGAGACAUCGUACAGGAGGAGGAGUUGUCACCUGGGGAGACACCAGCCACGAGCUGUUUGUUCCCACUCGACUUUGCCCCUUGGGGGAAGUAAUCCCGGGCUUUGCGCUUCCCUGUGCCUGUCUCUAUGUUCCUCCUCCCUCUGCAAGUCUCAGCUGCGGGGUCGUUUCAGGUGUCAGAUGUGAGGGUCUGAGGGAAGGUUUUUCUACCAUUUUAGAAAGUACCAGAAGCUUCUCACCGCUUAUGUAAUCAAAAGAUCCCGUGGCCUGAGAGCUCAGUUCCCUUUCUGGGUGCCUGUCUGUGGUGGAGAAGCUCUCCCUUUGACCUGGCAGCAGGCAGGGGGGAGCUGUGGCCAGCCAGAAUACAGCCCAGUGGCAGCCGAGUGCCGUGGCGCAGGGCGGGGGCGCAGAGGGAACGCCGAGGCUUACGCCGGGCGGGCGUUAGGGAGGCGUAGAGCUGAAAUCUCCCACGAGAGCCGGGGGCCUGCGCUGGCUCUCUGCUCCCUGAAAAACAGCUUCUUCCCGGGGCUUCUCUCCCGGCGGCGAUGGGCGCUGUAGGUGCUCCCCACACAAGUGCCAGUUUAUAAGGAUCUUGCUGCACCUCCUCUCUGCUUUCUCCCCCUCCUCUUCCAUCACGUUUCACCGCCUCCCUGAUCCUCUUGCUGCCUUAGUCAGCUCUGCCUUUUUUUUUUUUUUUUUUCCCUUCCUUCCAAAGCUUGAAUGUUUUGCACUUGAAUAUCUAAAGUGAAUCUCAGAGCUACAGCAGGCUGUAUCGGGUGUACGGCCUUUUCAGCAAUACGUGCUUCCUCCCACGACCUGCCUCCCUUGCGACGCAGCCCCCGGACUGCCUGCCACCGCGGGAGCCCGCGCUGGCUCCGAGGAGGCUGCAACAAGCCGAGCUAAAACGCUCUUGCCUUGCCUUUGCGAUAGCAGAGCAGCUCCGAAGGCUGAGGCGUGGGGUACCUCGGCAUCCCACAUCAGACGGGGGGGGCUAUGGAAAAAAAAACAAGCGGUGGCAACAGCCACGGCUGCCCUGAUGUUUCGUGUCUGUCCUCGAGCAUUUAGAAGUUCAGUGGCAUCUACAAUUGUGCUUAGGAGGAGGCGUCUUAAAGAUGCUUCUGUCUUUGUUCUGUGUUUCUCCACGCCGCUGUCCUGAAAAUGUGUUCUUUUUUUGUUUUUUCCCCCCACCACACAGUUUUUAUUCUCUGCAUAAGAGCAAGCAGCUUGGCUACGCCACACGACAGCACUGAAGCCACAGUCUGUAUCAUUUUUUUGUUAAAACCUCAAAGUUACAAGAGGGAAAUUGUUUUGAGGACGUAAAUGUUUUCUCGUAGAGGGGGAUGAGAAAAAUAGGUGUGGGAAAAUGUUCUCAAGUUACUUGUGUCCCAGAUCUCCAUAUUUAGUGAUUUAUUUGCAAAACCAGGGAGGCGUGAGCAGCGCUUCUGGCCAGUGCACGGGGCAACACGCCGAGGUCCGUCCCUCUUUGCUGUAACCAGCCUCGUGCUGACAGAAGGGUUUUGAGGGGCCAGCGGCAGCUUUUCACUGGUUCCGUUUUAAACGUGGCCAUAACAAUUCCUCUGUAUUUUGCCUCCUGGUCUGUCUUUCUCUUUCCAUGCUCAGGCUGUUUCACAAGGUCUUCCACAGGGUGCUGUUGCUUGCAGCUGUGCUCUGCUUUUGUUGUCAGCCCACAACUGGGUUUCUUGCUUUUGAAGAACUCUUGACCAAGUGAUUUCUUUUUGCCUUGACUGCUCCUUCUGACCCAGAGUCACAGGCCAGAAGAAAUACCAAGGUGUAUCCUUAAACUGGAACAAACCUGAAGGGAUGUGGAUACUCGAGUGUUACGUAGACUCAGCCUUAUGACCUGUCUGUGAAGAAACUGCCGUGUGUUCUGUGUUACAAACGUGGGGUGGAGAAACAUCCCUAAAUGAGAGAGAGAAGCGUCGGGGGGGUUUUGGAGUUGUUGAUUUCCCUGUGCUUCUUGUACGCAGGAAGUGGGUUCUGUGUGUUUCAUGUUUUAAUAGUUGCAACUAAUGUUUAUAAAGAGCUUGUUAUUUACGUUUUAAGCACUUUAAAAAAAAAAUAAAAGUUGUUCAAGCUGUUCCUA